AUGUGGUUGGAAGAUCUACCCGAAGUUGCUGUGGAAAUAGUUCGCAACAAACGUCUUCAGCCAGGGGUCGCUCUUGUCAAACUGGCUUCGGAGGUCACAAGGCCUUCGUUCAAGGAGAUCAGUGCGAAUUACGUGUGGCUUCGCGCGAUUUGUCAGCUGUACCCAAGUAAGGUUCCCAGCGGCUUCUACUUGGCAGAUGCGCUGCUGUGGGCAGACGCUCUCGUAGGGAAGGGUUUGCUUGUUCCGGGGGAAGACGAGACCAAAGUCUCUGUUGCGGGGACGGAAGCCAAAAGGCUCAAGAAGCUCCUGGGCGCCCUUCGAUACCUGUUUCGCAGUAGUGGUGACACUAGCUAUGAUGAGAAUGUCGCCAAGUUGAAGAGCUACCUUCAGAAAUCCCCGGCCCGGAACAAACCUGUGGGGGAAGUAGCUGAUGCUCCUGAGGACCAUUCUGGUGAUGAAGGUGACCGUAGUUCUCUGAGCGACGAUGACCAUGGUGACGAUGCCUGUGAUGAACCUGGUGAUGCUCAUGAACCCGAGGAUGGGGAUGAUUCUAGUUCGUCCAGCGGCAGUGAUGCAAGCGCACCCUCUGGCCGCGUGCGUUUUGAGGGAGUCGAACGCAUCGACUCGCAGCCGGAACCUUUGGGGGAUUGGCCAACCGGAGACCGGGAGCAGAAACGAUUGAAGGAGUUUUGGGGCAAGUUCGUAGUUCCCAAGUUUGGUUCCAAGGAUGGGGUUGAGAGCGAUGAAGAACAACCUGACACCCAUGAAGGUGAUGCUGUUGACACCACCCAUGACAAAGAUUCCGCAUCUGAUGCCUCCUCCCAGGUUGGGGAAGAAAAUGAUGGGGGAGAAAGUGACAGUGAUGCAAGCAGCAAGGCAGUCCCGUGUGGCAGCCGUGGGCCCGACCUCCCCUCCAUGGAACCUGGCCUUCCCUUAUGCCUUCAACACGGAAAGUGGGAAAGUUGUUUGGGGGAGGAUUGUGAAAAUUGUUGCAUGGUUGCCUAUGAUAUCAGCCAGGGAAACCUUCAUUGCUAUGAUGAUACCGCUAGCGAUGGGAGUGUUUGGGAGUCAUCCUUUGAACCCAACGAACGUUUUGACCAAGCUAUGGUGGAAAGUUCAUCGGCUGCCCAUAUGAGAAGUUUGAAAGCAACCCCAGCUGAUGCCACAACUUUGCAUACUCCGGAUUGCCCCCAGCCUGAUUUCUUUGGGUUCCCGUUGGUGCCCACGCCGCCGAGAUUGGGAAAACCAGUUCCUCCUGACAACACGCCUGAGACCAUUGAGCCCAAGAGUUCCAAGACCAAGAAAGGCAAGAAGGUCAAGACUGGCAAGAAGGUCAAAAAGGAAUCCAGGAAGAGGGCAAGUUUCUCUCACAGGUCCAAGAAUGUUGGAAGCUUGAAAUCCCGAAAGACCCGACAUGAAAGCACUUCUGUUGAGGACAGAGAACCUUCUCCCAGUGACAGUGAACCUGUGUUGUACAAGGGCUAUGACAUUUCCAUGCUUCCAAGGGAGGCCCACCCCGACCAGACCAAAGACAACAAGGGUUUGCAUAGCUACACGCUGCGUUCCCAGGCCGGUGACGCAACCAUCGAAGUGCUCCUUAAGCACGCGGCCUACUACGUCAAGAAGGUUUCGGGAAAGGGAUCAGGGCCGACAGGCCAAGUAUCUAUGAAAGUUGUUGGGGCAUAUGAGGCUUGGAACAUGGCAAAGUCCCGUGCCGGUUUUGAUGCUGAGUGA